GUCAUUAAAUUGAAGUCACAUUUGACAACUAUGUUAGCAUGGGUGUAUCUUAGCGGUGUUAUUUUGAUUUCAUAAUUCAAUUCACGUAAUAAUAGUUAUAUCACAUCUUAUCCUCUGAAAUACGCCUGAAAUAAGGUGGAAAUUGCUGGAAAUACAAUGGGCGACAACAGAAAGAAGAAAAAAUUCUACUUUCGUAAACGAAGAAAUAAAUAUUUCCUGGAACCCGGCUUUAGAGGCUUCUUCUGCACAUGUAACUUCAGGGAGAAAGAUUGUGUAAAGGAGAUGUAUAAUUUAUUAAAUGAGUAUGCGGGUAAAUUGUACACUGAAGACUACGGCACUAAGCCAACAACUGUUGAUUCCGACGAGCGAUCUGAUACUGAUACAGACAAUGAGACUGAUAUUGGAGAUAUGCUUAGGCGUGAAGUGGAUUCGAUGAGAAAAGAUUCUCAAAAAUCUCUCAAGCAUAAGAGAUUUCAGGUCGUAGAGACAGGAGUAUCAAACUGUAUUUUUAUCAAAACUAAUUUACCCAGUCCUGAAGAAUUGACAACAGCAAUCAUAAAAGACUUGACUACGACAAAAGUGCAGAAAACACGACACGUAUUACGUUUGCUACCCAUAAUGGCAACUUGCAAAGCAAACUUGCCCGAUAUAAUGGAAUCUGCAGGGAAACUCUUUGAUAAAUACUUUUUGAAGGAACCUUCAACAUUUGCAAUUAUUUUUAACAAACGAUUAAAUAGUAGUGCCUCUCGAGAUCUUAUCAUUAAAGAACUCGCUGACUUAAUAGUACUGAAGAAUGGUGGAAACAAGGCAGAUUUGAAAAAUCCAGGCCUCUGUAUAAUAGUGGAGAUAAUAAAAGGCAUUUGCUUAUUAAGUAUUGUGGAUAAUUACUAUUCAUAUAAAAAGUAUAAUUUACAUGAAAUAUGCAAAGAAGAGGUGUGCGAUGAUUCUGGAGAGACAGAAGCUAAGAAGUUUAAGGCUGACAUAUCUCAGGGAGAAGAGCAAAGUAAAGAUUGAUAAAUAAAUGUAUUUCUCUUUGUUGUAUUUUAGUGUAUAGGUUAAGGCAACUUGGGGCCCCAAUACCAAUUCUUGCACCAAAUUCUUCUCUAUUUCUUAUCUUUUUAAAUACAUCAAUGUUUACUAUAUAAAUAUAUGUGUAACUGCA